GGCGGGGGCCGCCGGCCCCGCGCCCGGCCCCGGCGCCAUGGACCGCCGCGAGAGCAAGAGGAAGGGGGCCCGGCGGCCCUGCCGGAGGCGCAUGACCUGCCCGACGCCGCGCGACGUCAGCCGGGCGAUGGCGAGCGCCGGGCUGGGCGAGCUGCCGCACGCCUGCAGCCUCGAGCAGCUCCUGGAGCGCUGCCUCGACGCCUUCGACCUGGACGGGCGCCUGUGCCGCGGCGAGUACACGGUGGACAUGACGCUGACGGUGCACAGCUGGGUCGUGCCCUCGGCCGAGCUGGCGCGCCGCCUCCUCGCUAUAUAUCCUGCCCGGACGCCUGGGAGGGCCUCGCGGGCCGGGCAGGACGAGCGGGCGCUGCGCGUCUGCUUCUUCGUGCGGCACUGGGUCACCCACUACCCCGAGGCCUUUCGGCUGGAGCCGGCGCUGGAGGAGGCGGUGGGCGAGCUGCGGCGGGCGGCGCUGCUCGAGGGCCGCGAGGGCCACGGCCGCCUGCUCGACACCAGCCCCGCGGUGUGCGCGCGGCCCCCCCGGCUGAGCCCGCCGCGGCCGCGGCGCCCCGGCGCCCCGGGCUGCAGCCCCAAGCGGAAGCUCUCGCUGCUCUUCGACCACCUGGACGCGGCGGAGCUGGCCGAGCACCUCAGCUGCCUCGAGCACCGCGCUUUCUGCCGCCUCUCGUGCCAGGAUUACCGGCGCUACGUGCAGCGGGGGGGGGCGCAGGGCAGCCCGGCGCUGGAGCGCGCCGUCGCCCUCUGCAACGGCGUCUGCCAGUGGGUGCAGCUGAUGGUGCUGAGCCGCCCCACGGCCCCCCAGCGCGCCGAGGUCGUCGCCAAGCUCACCCGCCUCACCCAGAAGCUGCGGGAGCUGCAGAACUUCAACACGCUGAUGGCGGUGGUGGGGGGGCUCUGCCACAGCUCCAUCUCCCGCCUCAAGGACACCCAGGCCCUGCUGCCCCCCGAGGUGGCCAAGGCGCUGGGGGCCAUGGCGGAGCUGGUGUCGGCGCGGGGCAACUUCGGGGCGUACCGGCGGGCGUUCGGCGCCUGCCGCGGCUUCCGCCUGCCGCUGCUGGCCGUGCACCUGAAGGACCUGGCGGCGCUGGACGCGGCGCUGCCCGGGCGCCUGCCCGGCGGCCGCCUCAACCUGCCCAAGCUGCACGGCCUCUACCAGCACGCGCUGGACCUGCGGGCGCUGCAGCGCCUGGCGCCGCCCUUCCGCGCCGACCCCCACCUCCUCCGCCUGCUCUCGCUCUCCCUCGACCUCUUCUACACGGAGGAGGAGCUGUACGAGCUGUCGCACGCGCGGGAGCCGCGCUGCCCCAGGGCCCUGCCCCCCGCGCCCGGCAAGGCCCCCCCCGAGGGCGCCUGGGCCCCCCCCGCCGCCCCGCCGCCCCCCGCCGCCGGCCACCACGAGCAGCAAACGCCGGAGCCCGCGUUGCCGCACGAGGACCUGGAGAAGGCGGCGGCCGAGGCCCCGGCGCCCCCCGCGCUCGCCCUCCCCUCUGCCCCCCGCCUCUGGGGCGUCUCCAAGCAGAGCUACCGCUGCCACGGCUGCGGCACGAGCUGCCCCAAGCAGUGCAAGGACCUGCUGGAGGGCGAGUGCAAGAGCCGCUCGCUCGCCCGCCGGCCGCCCGCGGCCCCUCUGACCCCGUCCCGCGCAGGAGGCCAGGAGGACGGGGACGAGGAGGAGGAGGAGGAGGAGGAGGAGGAAGAAGAGGUCUUCGCCGAGGGCAGCCCCUGGGGAGGCCGCCGCGACGCCGCGACGCAGACGGAGCCGAUGGCGCCCGCCGGCGCCGCCGCGCUGCUGGCGCAGCUGGAGCAGCUGCGGGAGGAGCGCGACCGGCUGCUGGAGGAGAACCGGGGGCUGCGGCCGGCCCCGGGGGGGGCGGCGGCGGCGCUGCCCCCGCUGCUGGGGGCCAUGGGGGCCCUGCGCCUGCAGCCCGGCCCCGGCGCCCCCCCCCAAUAA